AUGUUUGUAAAUAAUAAUAGUAAUGAAACCCGUGUGGGAUACGGGUGUAUAAAGAAUGUCCCCACGGUAGUUCCUGCCUGUCGUAAAAGGCGACUAAAAGGGAACCACCGAUGUGCUAGCAACUCAUCAGGUGUGAGAAAUGCUACUACUAAUACUAAUAAAAAGCAGGGUGGCGGAGGAUUGCAGGCUGAUCCUUCUCGGAACCAUCCAGAAGCCCAGCUUGAUCCAAAGUGGAGUGGAGCGAACGGCACUACUUUGAAUAAUGAGCCCAUAAGAACCAGCGAAAUAAAAGGUGAAAGGUUCUCAAGAUCAGACAUAGUAGGAGAUGGAAAUUGUCUAUUCAGAGUCAUUAGUCUAUAUCUAGAGGGCAAUCAAGAUAAUCAUCAACAAAUCCGAGCAAAUGCUGUCAAAUAUAUUCAAGAACAUUGGACUUCACUUCAAAUAUAUAUAUAG